AUGACAAAUAAUGACGAUGAUAAUGACGACGAUGACAACGAUGAUAAUGAUGAUGAUGAUGAUGAUGGUGAUGAUAAUAGUGAUGGUGACGACAAUGAUGGAAUGAUGAUGAUGAUGAUGAUGAUUGAAUUGUAUUGGAUACCUUACAAUACUAAUCUAACGAAUUGUUUAUAA